GGAUAUCCCAGAAAGGAGAAAAACAAUGGAAGCCAGUCCGGGAAAUCCCAGCAAAUGCAGAUUCACAAUCUUCCUGUGUGUUCCACUGCUGCUCCUGAUUGAUCCAGGGCUAUCCUGCCCCCGGGAAACGCAUACACUGCGCUAUCAACUCACAGUCUUGUCUCCAGAAGAUUCUCAGCAGCUCCCAUUCCCAAUCCUGAUAUACAUUGAUGAUGAUCUCUUCCUGCGGUACAAUGGGGACAGCAGGAGAGCAGAGGCCUGGGGGCCCAGGAUCAAGGGACAUGCAGGAGCUGAAACCUGGACAAGAGAGACUGAGGACUUUCAGAAGAAGGAGGAGCAACUCAGGAGGAUGCUGGCUGAAGUCAUGAACCAGCAGGGCCAGAACAAGGGCCUUCACAUCCUCCAGGAAACUUUGGGCUGUGAGCUUCAGGGAAAUCGGAGCACUGGAGGCUUCUGGAGCUUUGGCUACGAUGGACAGGACUUCCUCACCUUUGACCAGAAGACUCUCACAUGGACAAUGGCUAUGUCCUUCACUCAGAAGACCAAGACCUUCUGGGAGACACAUGUACCCAGAGCUGAUGAAGUUAAGACUUUCUUGGAGGACAUAUGUCCUGCUCAGCUCCUGGGAUACCUGGCUUCCAUGAGGAACUGGCAGACGGAUAAAGGCCUCCCAAAGGUGAAGGUGACCAACAGGACAUAUCCAGUGGGCAGGAUCACCCUGACAUGCCGAGCUUUUAAUCUGUGUCCUCCUGUGACCUCCCUGACCUGGCUUCAGAAUGAGAAGCCGGUACAACAGCGAAUCUUUGAGCCUAGGGCCAUCCUGCCCAGUGGGGACGGGACCUACCAGACCUGGGCAUCUAUUUGGAUUUUUCCUGGACAGGAAUCAGAGUUCACCUGCUACCUGAGGCACUAUGAUAUGAAGGUCCCUGCUACCCCUAGUGAAAAUAUGGGGCACCAAUCCAUCUCAGAGGGUAGGAGGCAGGGGCAGGAAGGAUCCAUAGGUCACACAAUGACCAGUGAUGCUGCUAGCUCCCCUCCUGCCUCAACUGUAUCUGCACUCCCCAUCGUGUUGGUGAUGGUGCUGGCUAAAGACAGCUGAAGCUAGAACUCCAAGGACAGAAAACUGCCCGCAGGAUAAACUAUUGGAGGUCUCAGUGAGAUCAAGACCCCAUACCCGUAUUCUGAAGCCAGACCUUCAACUCCAGGACUCCAGGACCCAAAUCCUGCCUUGGAAGGUGCACACCUUGAAGAUCUUCCAAGACUCCAAUGUUUGGUAGAUUGUUGUAGUGAGCUGUAGCACUAAAAAGAAACCAGGAAGCCCCUGUCUGAGGAGUGCUCCAUUGGUAAGUCAUAGAAGGCAGCUCCUUGUAUGGAAGCAUUUCUCAACCUGUGGUCUCUACCACUGAAAAACACAUAUUUCCAAUAAUCUUAGGAACUGACAGCCCACCCAGUAGCAAAAUUAUAGUUAUGAAGUAGCUAUGAAAAUAAAUUUAUGGUUAGGAGUUCCUAAGAACCUCAUAAAUCUGUGCUUCCUGAUGGUCAUGAACCACAGGUUGAAAACCCCUGUUCUGGGCUGGAGAGAUGGCUCAGAGGUUAAGAGCACUGACUGCUCUUCCAGAGGUCCUGAGUUCAAUUCCCAGCAACCACAUGGUGGCUCACAGCCACCUGUAAUGAGAUCUGGUGCCCUCUUCUGGCCAGCAAGCAUACAGACAGACAGAACAUUGUAUACAUAAUAAAUAAAUAAAUCUUUUUUAAAAAAAAGAAAAAAAAGAAAACCCCUGUUCUAUGGCAUAGAUGUACUGUUUCUGAUGGGAUCCUGUCUAGGGACAGAGAGUUCUUAUACCUGCUGAGGUAUAAGAACUCCUGUCCUGAGCAAUAGCAAGGCAUUUUGGGGUUUUAGUGUGUUAUUCUUGGUCCCCUGUGUUUUGUUCGGCAUGUUGUUUCUCUCCUGCCCAGGGCACUAGUGAAAAGUCACUGCCCACCUAGUUCUGGCUUCUGGGGACCAAGGAGAAUAUCUGAAAAGCCAAGUUAAAUGUAUGAAUGAAGGUGGGCAUUGCAUGCUUUUUUUUUUUACCAGUCUUUUUUGGCUACAUGAACGUUCUCUGUACUAUGUUUAAUGGUUUUGAUUUUUGCUGACUCUGUACCUUGAACAUUUUGUGUUCUAUGGUUUCAUUUUUCCCUGUCUGUCUCUUUAACUCUUCUGCCCUGCCUUGCCCUCCUCCACCUGCCACAGGAGCAGCCACUGAAGCCCAGAGAAAACUUUGUUUUCCCUUCCUGAGUAGGCUGCUAGGUGCAGGCUUUGGACCCACAUGCAUAGCCAGGGCAGGCAGAUAGACGGCAAGGAC